AUGGCUGACAACAAAAAUUUCCAUUCUGCUUUAACCGUCACGAAUGUGAAAUCUUUAAUCCCAAUCACUCUAGACAUGGAAACCGGCCAUUAUCACGAAUGGGCGACGCUAUUCAAAGUUCUAGCCCGCAUCCACUCCGUACUUGAACACAUCAUACCACCAACUGACACCACUGAACUCACCGCGUACAACGCAACAAAGGCGGCUAACCUUCCGCUCUGGAAACGGCUAGAUGCGGUGGUCCUUCAAUGGAUAUACGCCACCGUCUCCCAUGAUAUUCUUACCUCUAUUCUCGUGGCGGAUGAUGUUGCAGAGAAGGCUUGGAAUCGAGUUGCUCAACUUUUCCAAGAUAACAAGCACUCAAAGGCGGCGACCUUUGAAGGCGAAUUCGCCACCACAAAAAUGGCCGACUUCGGCUCGGUUAUGGCCUAUUAUAAUAGGCUCAAGUCUCUCGCGGAUCGCCUUUGCCAACGUGGGGUCGCCGGUGUCCGACCAACACUCAAGCUCGAAGACGAGGCAGCCAAGGAACGUGCUCACGAUUCCAAUCCCGCGGCUCUACUUGUUGAUAAUGAUACUCCCUCCCCGCCACCUGGCGGCAACAAUAAUUCAACUAACCGUCGUGAUAAUAAUCGUGGCAGGAAUUCUAACAGGAACAAGGGAAAGGGUAACAAUAACAACAACAACCGCGGGAAACUCGGCCGCGGCGGCGGACAGACCAGACGCGGCCGGUGGGCGGCGGGACAGCCAACGGCGAGGGGCUACCAUCGGCUGCCCGGCCGCCCCGACGGUGGCCCCCCUCGGCCCGUAUCCGACGAGACAAGGGCAGCGUCCCCCACCGCUGCCGGCGGCGGCAUUCUCGGUGCGGGUCCACGACCUCGACGAGCCUAUUCCAUGCAUGUUCCGACCACCCCGGGUACACUCCGACAGACGUGGAGGCAGCCAUGCACACUCUGUCCAUGCAUCAACGGGAUGAUAAUUGGUACAUGGACACCGGAGCGACUUCCCAUAUGA